AUGACGUCGCGUGUCAGUGCGCCGGGGUCGAAAUCACCAUUCGAUAAACUCCCAACCGAACUCAAGGAGUUCAUUUGGCAGUAUUCGAUGCCGGAGCAUGUGCCGGAAAUCGCCAUCCUGCCGGCCGGGUUGCGCCCCAUCACUCCCCUGGGCCCGCGUCCGGAUGACUCUGCCGAGCAUAGUCUGGUGAUCAAGACUGCCUAUCCGGUCGGAAUGCAUGUCUGUCGCGAAUGGCGUGUGUUUGCCAUGGCCAGAACGGCCUUUCGCUAUUCUCAAUUCGCCAUGAUGGACGUGCCCACGAGACCCUUUCGACCUGAUUUGGACAUUCUGUAUAUCCCUGCUUUAGUCUCGAAUCCAGUCUGGUUCAGUAACGACAGUCGCUGUGAAGCGGUUCAUCAUAUCGCCAUGCAGUCGGAGACGUUUUUGAAUUACGGUGCUCGGUCUCUGGCUCUAAUGACAUAUUUCCGCAAUAUGGAUACACUAACCAUUAUUCUUCCUGCUUCUGUCGGCCGCCACCCCUUGAAGACGACGUUCCCGGCGCCCAGGACGCGGUGCCGGCUCCGCCAAAUUGACAACCCGGCACUAAACGACAUUGACACGCUGGCAGUGAUACAGGACUGCGGGCAGGGCAACGAGCCGCAGGAGCAGGAGGCCAAGGUUUCUGCCUUUCUGCAUUGGGUCGAAAUGGUGGUGCAGAGAACAGCACAGUACCUGCAAGCCACGCGGGAGCGAGACCCCAACGAACUGGUCGAGGCAAAACAAAGUCGGCUGCGUCGGCCGUUCCGAGCAUUUGCGCAGACUUUUGUCGAAUAUCGAUACAGAAACGGUACCGCCCACUGGGAGGAGACUCCUGGGGGUAUGCCUUAG